AUGUCUCGUCUGUCAGAUGAGCUGAGGUUACUGCAGCCCUUGUCAACCUUGACUUGGGCUCAUGUUCAGGCCUUGAGCCCAUUGAGGAAGGCAAGGACCACCCAAUGCUGGGAGGUUCUCAUCAACCUCCACUUGGAUGGCAAUGUCCAACUUCAUUCUGGAGCAGCUGCUGAAGCAACUUCAGUCACACAAGUGAUUGACUUGCUCCCAGUGGAACAUCACCAGUCACUCUUCCCUGAGUUACUUCAGAUCACAGACAAAGUGACUAAGGCUGAGUUGGUCACUAACCAGAUCAACUGCCUUUGUGUAGAUAAAAUUGCACAGCAAAUUCCUAAUUUCCUACAUAGCUGUAAGCUGCACACCGUCCAGUUCUCAAAAAGUGCUUGGACCACUCUCCCCAACCUUAGCAAGGUUGUUGUUGAGGGCCAUAAGGAGUACCUCUUCGAGCUUCUUGAUGCUAUCAUUAAGGAGAAGGAAAAGGAGGAGUGCCAGCCACAGGCCAGUCUUAAUAUCAUUACCAUUACUAAUCAUCUCUAUGAGACAAUCACUAUGGUGCACUCAGACCUGGAGAAGUCAUGUAUGAUUCCCAAGGAUACCAAGAAGCUGUUGAAUGAGGCUAUGAGGGAGGACAAAGAACCUGAAUUAAUUCCUGCCCCCCAUGUUGAAGCCAUCUAUUCCUCACUGUUGCACAAAAUCCCUAAUCUCAUAACCCACAUCAUUGUCCUCUCACACACUUACAUGGUCACUGAGGAAAACAAGCAGAAAAAGAAGAAGGAAUUAAAAGAUGUGGCCACUGCCACUGCCAGGGAAUUCAUUCCCAAUAAAAAUAAAUCCAGCAUCGCUAAGAUGGUCAUGGCACAGGUCAAACAGCAGAUGAAUGCAAAGGGUCCCAAGCCUGGCAAGGGUGCCAAGGGAGGCAAGAAGAAGAAGGACACUUCUGGGGGAAACCCCAAGAAGAAGAAUUCCAACAAGUAG